AUGCGCCCAACACCCCUCCUCCUCCUCCCCCUCCUCCCCCUCCUCACCACCGCCUCCCCCCUCAAAACCCUCACAACCCUCGACGCUCCCCCCUCCCCACCCCCCCGCAUAAUCUCCGUCUCCUAUUCCGGCAGCGGCUGCCCCUCCUCCAGCCCCUCCGUCGACCGCACAGGCGGGUUCGAGGACACCUCUCUGCGCCUGAACGCGUUCGAGGCGCGGGCGCCGGGCGCGCCGGAGACCGCGUCCGCGAACUGCCAGGCGCACCUGUCGAUCGCGGGCGCCGCGGCGCCCGGGUGGCAGGUCGGCGUCCGGGACGUGUAUGUGCGGGGCCACCUGGUGCUGGACCCGGGGGCCGCGGUGGACUACUACGUCACCAGUUUUUGGAGCGAGGAUGCCGGGGUCACGUCCACCAUCCGCGGCACCCUCGAAAACCCCAACCCGACGCGCCUGGACCAAGACAUCACGGCCCACAGCACCGUGGCCGACAACGCCGUCGCUUUCUCCCCCUGCACGACGUCCGGCGGCGACGGUGGCGUGGGGCUGCUGAACGUCAACUUCCGCGUCGCGCUGCAGGCCGACGGCGCCAAGUACGCUUACUUUGGCAAGGACCCCGAUACCACUGCUUCCGAGAGCUGGAGUUAUGUGUGGCGGCGGUGUUAG